GCUGCUCUGUCAUUUGUUUUCUUCUGCGGUGUGUGUGCGGGGAGGAUGCAGGCUGAGGAUGGAGGCGGACGUCACGUUUCCUUUCUGCCCCUCACCUCUGUCACCCUGCCUCUGAGCGGCACGGUGGAAGGGCCGAGGGCUGCUGCUUCACGCAGUGCCUUACAGAAACCACCUCCGAAAGUACGAGCCGUUUCCUCCCCUCAGCUGUCACUCUUUCCUUGAACCACGGCGGCUUUCACAGCGCCCCGCUACACUCAUAGUCACGUCUGUGCGGUUCGGAUGUGACGGGCUUCAGAGGUCACCUCAAGCCAGUUUUGUCUUUAGCAGGAACGGAGCUGUCUCACCAAGGGAAAUAGUCACAGCCGGGGCUGCAGGGCCUGGGGCGCUCAUCGGGGUGGCUCAGCCCCAUCGGGGGCCAACAGUAGCCAGAAGGAAAGAGGAUGAAAGUCUUGACUUGUGAAGUUUCCAGAAGAAACGAUACCUGAUUUAAACACUGCCCUGCAGUGGAAGCAACGCGCAGCUCGGAUGCCUGGCACCACCAUAAUUAGUCUCUGCUUCAUCCACGAGAGGAGAACUAGAGAAAGCCGAGCAGUUUGUCAGAGCAGACGGCCCUAUUAGUGGGACCGAGCCUCCGAAGUUCUGGCAUCUUUGGGAAAUCCGGGGUCUCUGGCACAGAGAGCUGAGGCUGCUGCUGGUGUGCCCGUUCUGCUCUGCCGUGUGCCGGGCAGGGCAGGUUGCUCCGGUGUUAAAAUUACACCGAAGAGCUGCGCGGUGACCUCGGAGCUGCGAUUCUGGAGAAGCUUCACUCAACUGCAGCUUUUGCACGAGAGACGAUGGCCUGAGCUGAGCUCUGCAACACCACUUUCCAUCUGACUUCACCAAGCACAGCUGCUUAAAACCAAGAUUUCCCCAGCCUCACCAUCUCUGCUUUGAUUAGAGUUAUUGCUUAACCAUGUGAGAUGAAAUAAAGCCUCAAACUCAAGAGCCUCGUGAGGUAAGGGAUGGCUUAAGAUUUUAUCUGGUGUUGGAUAUUCUUACGCCCCUUCUCCAACAGAAAUCAUGGCAGAUAUUACCUGGACUGAAGGAAUCUCCAAUGAGACAGCUGGCAACAGCAGCUCCGAAUUCAGCUUGGAAGCAGACUUCCAGUAUCCCUUGUUUGUUGUCAUCUACAGUGUUGUGUUCGUGCUGGGACUGGUAGAAAAUGUCUUAGCUCUGUACCUCCUCUCUUACAAAGUGAAGCACACCUCUCCUUCCUACAUAUACAUGAUUAACCUAGCCCUGGUAGACACCUUGUUUGUUUGUGUGCUGCCUUUUAAAAUUAAUUACCACCUGCAUCGGAACAACUGGAUCUUUGGCGAUGUGGCUUGUAGGGUGACGGGCACGUUGUACUACAUCAACAUCUGCCUAAGCAUCGCCUUUUUCACCUGCAUCUGCAUCGAUCGGUACGUGGCGGUGCUGCACCCCUUCACCUACAUCCAGAUCAAGGCCACCCACUACGUGGUGGUGGUCACAGUCCUCUGGCUCGUGGCCGUGAGCAUCAUGGUGCCGCUCGUCCUCGGCGGGCCCCUGCACAACAGGGUUGCGGGCAACAUGACAGCGUGCUUUGAGAACUUCGCGACCAGCAGCUGGACUCAGCGGCUGGUGCCUUACAACAUCCUGGCCUUAGUUUUUGGUUUCGUGAUCCCCUUUUCCAUCAUUCUGAUCUGCUACCCCCUCAUCGCGAGGAGGAUCUCCCGGAUCAAGCACAGCAUUCGCAAAAGGAAGGCGCUGAAGACAAUCUACAUCAUCCUGUUCAUUUGUAUUUUGUGCUUCCUCCCGUAUCACCUCACCCAUUUGUUCCACUUCUUGAUGAGAAUCCAGCUCAUCCAGAACGAGGCGCUCACCAGCCUGAUCUACAAAAUGCGGCGGGUCACCUUAGCCCUGGUGAGUUUCAACUGCUGCCUCAACCCCUUCCUGUACUACUUCACCUCCUCCAGCAAGCACUGGCGCUUCAACUUCAGGCUCAGAUUCAGGUCUAAAAUGGUGUACACCAUCUACGACCAGAAACUGGGCGAGUACUCCUACGUUUACAAACUGCACGAGACACAGGGAAAUAAAAACCCCAGAACUGCAGUCAACUGACCUACCCAAGCAUCACCCAACUUCAGAGAACAGCAGUUUUCCACCCUGUGAAGGAUGAGACUUCAUCAUGACUGGAAAGAAUUCAUCAUCUGGGGGUUAUCAGUCACCAGAAAGCCACCGGCCUGGCCCAACAGCCAAUGGUUGACUUGAAAGGAUGCAAUUUUGGUAACAGCUACGCAGACUCACUGCUCUGUUCCUUCCCAUGCUAUGCCCAGACAUUACCACAGUACGUAUGCGUUACAGGCCUACAGGCACACAAGACUUCUGAGCAGAUAUGAGUGGAAUGGAAAUGGUUCUGGGCCUUGUUUCACAGCAGUGUGCUUAACCUCAGCAAUGCAAAAUGCACACGAAGUCGCACAGUGCCCUGGCACACUGCACAGCUUGGGUUGCCAACUUACGCUGCGCUGCUGGAUGUGGAAUAAGAAAUGGCACAGACCUCAAAAGAGGUAGGGAGUAGGGUUGGUGUGGCGGAAUGGCAUCAAGGAGAGUGGUCUCUGAUGGUGUAAUGUUGUAAUAGGGUUAGAGCUUUGUCAUUGAUUGCUUUGCGUGUGCAAUAUUACCUUUGUUACACUAAGGCUGGCUUGGCUUUGCUUAUUGCCACGCACACCUGUUAGUGGUGGGCCAGCCACCGCCCAUCAACAUGCAGCAACAACUGAACUAGAGCAAGGCCUCUCCCUCUCUGGAUUUUGCUCGUCUUGGAGAACUUUUUAAAAUAUCAAGAAAACCUGCUCAAACUUUUAAAUUAUCUCCCAUAAUGAUUUUUGUAUUCAUCUGCUUGGCAAGGCUUGGUAAGAAUGCUACUAAAUCCUUGCUCUUGAGCAUUUUGAUAAAUUAUCUUGUAUUUUUCAUGAGAGACUAUUAUUUUUGUCCCAUUCAUAGGCUUGGAAGAACUUCGCAGCACGAAGGGAAGUUCUCUAAGUACAAAGUUCAUGGUAUUGGCAGAGGAGGAGAAUUUAUUAGACUGCAGCUAGGAAGUGCAGUUUUCUUUAAGGCCUAGCAGCCAUUAUUAUCCAUACUUCCCUCAAUGAAAGUAAAGCUGCUUGGUAAAAAGCACAUUUAGAGCUUUAUUACUCUUGUCUACAUUAAACUUGUGCUUUGCAUUGCAGUUGUGAAGCUCUGAAAGCUCCAUUUGUUCACCUCUCAGGCCUACUCAAGUUCUGGGUUUGUAUUAUUCCCCUAUCAGGGAGGUGUAGGGCUGCCUGAUGAUAACCCUGUGUGGCACAUCAGGGACUCCCUGCCCACAAACCUGCAAGCUGAGGGAGCUGUUUUGUCCUGUGUACACAGUCCAGGAUUUAGUUGAGUGCAGGAGCGGGGUCAGUGCAUAGCUGUUGUUUCCACUUAUUUUUGUGAUCCCAGUGGGAGCAGCAUUGCUGAGGUUUUAAAGAACACGAGCUGUAGGAGUAAAGAAUGCUGAAUCUCUCUUACCUUACUGUGUAAGCAGCACGAAGCUUGUUCCUCAGGACUCCGAAAGAGGCUGCAGCGACGUCUGGGACAGGUUUCUCAGGGAAGGACUGCAGCACUGAUGAGCACUGUACACACUCACUGCAGCUAUGAACAAUCACUGUAAUUCCUUUAUUAAAACAAAACCAGAAAAACAUUUGAUAAUGUAAACAAAAUAAAAUCUAAAUUUCUCUGAA